AUGUCCGGCAGCGACUCAAUAUCUGACCAUACGGCUUUCGCGUUUGGGUCCGCAUCCAACGAACGCGACAAUGGCAGUGAUAGCGUAAGCUCUGCGGGAGCGUUUACGUUCACCUCUCCUCGAACUGCUGCUACGGGGAUGAAUGAGAGUGGGUAUCUGGACGACGCUCCCUCCACGUCCUCUACAACUGCCGGAAGCAGCAGGUCGCAGCUGGGUGCAACGUCGCUCUUCGCGACGCUGGCACAGCGACAAUUCGAUCAGCAGCAGCAACUCUCACAGUCGCAGUACGACGACGAGUCUGCCUGGACCACUUCCCGCCCCCACCGCUAUCGCCAUACUCGCCAUUCCCAGGGCCGACGUGCAGAAAUCGAUGACGUUUCGACUAGCAGCAGCAGUAGCAGUGGCAGGAGGGAGAGAAGGGCGAGAAGAGACUCGCUCGAAAGCGACUACAGCGACGAAACCACCUCAUCCGCUCACGACAGAGCCCUGCAGCGCGAAUGGGAAGAACAGGUAGACCAGCUCAAACUCAUGUUCCAGAUCAUCAUCUUGCCCUUUGUGGGCAAGUUCUUCGGUCGCAAGUUUGGCUACUUUUUGUAUAACCGGUAUCAGGUGUUGGGCUCGCCGCUGCGGCAGGCGUUCUGGAGCGGGAUUGGUGCAACUGCCUAA